CCGGGUCAUGGGCUCUUCCUGCGGGUUCUUGCAUCAAAGGAAGCUUCUCAGGAUACCGAUUCACUGCUUCUGCGAUUCACCAUCCUGCUUCACUGGAUACAAUUACCCUCUACUGCCAACUUCACUUGCCAACAACACACCUUUUCGCCUGCUUUCUUGCCUCUUACAACAUACACAUCCAACUCUUCAAGUUGCUCGCUACUCAUAUCUUCCUACAAGAAGAAGAAAAGAAAAAAAAAAAUAGAAAAAAAUAAAUAA